AUGCUAAAGGGCUUUACAGGAUGCUACAGAGUUAUACAGGAUCCUACAGGGUUGUACAAGGUCCUACAGGGCCCUUCAAGGUUCUACAAGGUUCUCCAGGGUCCUACAGGGUUGUAUAGGGUUGUACAGGGUCCUACAGGGUUGUACAAGGUCCUACAGGGUCCUACAGGGUUGUACAAGGUCCUACAGGGUUGUACAGGGUUGUACAGGGUCCUACAGGGUUAUACAGGGUCGUACAUGGUUGUACAGGGUCCUUCAAAGUCCUACAGGGUUGUACAGGGUCCUACAGGGUUGUACAAGGUCCUUCAAGGUCCUACAGGGUUGUACAGGGUCCUACAGGGUUGUACAAGGUCCUACAGGGCUGUACAGGGUCCUACAGGGUUGUACAGGGUCCUUCAAGGUCCUACAGGGUUGUACAAGGUCCUUCAGGGUUGUACAGGGUUGCAUAGGGUCCUACAGGGUCCUACAGGGUCCUUCAGGGUUCUACAGGGUCCUUCAAGGUCCUACAGGGUUGUACAGGGUUCUACAAGGUCUUUCAGGGUUGUACAGGGUUGUACAGGGUACUACAGGGUUGUACAGGGUCCUACAGGGUUGUACAGGGUCCUUCAAGGUCCUACAGGGUUGUACAAGGUCCUUCAAGGUUGUACAGGGUUGCAUAGGGUCCUUCAGGGUCAAACAGGGUCCUACAGGGUCCUUCAGGGUUCUACAGGGUCCUACAGGGUUGUACAGGGUCCUACAGGGUCCUUCAGGGUUAUACAGGGUCCUACAGGGUCCUACAGGGUUGUACAGGGUCCUUCAGGGUUCUACAGGGUCCUUCAUGGUUCUACAGGGUCCUUCAGGGUUCUACAGGGUUGCAUAGGGUCCUACAGGGUUGUACAGAAAGUAAACAUAUAUCUGUUAAUCAACUGGGAUUUAUUUGAGUGA